AUGAGAAUCUUCAUUAACCACGUUGACACUUACACAGGAUACGCCCUGUGUGCUGGACUGCGCCGAUUCAAUGGAGUCACAAACCGAAUGUUUGGAACUGCAAAAGCCAGCCGAGAUGAGACAGAUAAAGAAACGUCGCCAGCAACACGGGAUGAUGCCGAAUGCAAUAGAGAGCCGAGUCGGUUGCCUGUUCCCGCUGCGAUUCGCCGGCUGAUCUUCAAACGAAAUCCACAGCAAUUGCUCAAGAAUCUUCUAUCGUGUUCGCUGAUUGUGUACGACCUCCACAACACGGAUCCGGACGAAGUGGAAGACAUUGUUAAGAAACUCCGUCGAGUAGCGAUCGAGAAACCGACAGUGUUCGUACUAAUAUCGUCUGUUAUGGUUUGGGCGAGAACCAAACAGGAGUUCGUAGAACGUGAUUCAGAAGAUGACACGCAAGAGGAAAACGGCGACGAACCGUUGAGUGGGGCCCGAUCUGAACAUGCAGGUGACGGGGAAGAAAAUGGAGGUGGCGACAGUCGGGAUGAGGUGGACGACGACGACUCUGAGGAUAACAGCGACGACAGUGAGGCAGAGGAGACAGCUGAAAACGGGCACACAGAAGAGGGGGCAGCACAGGAAGAAGAUGAGCCACUGCCUGCGAGAUUCAAAGGUACAAAGUCCAUUUAUCGCCUCCGGAAACACCGCAGAUCGAGCCCUCCUGAGAGAACUCUAAAGCCAAAACUGCUAACGGGGGCCGAAUUCGAACGUCGCAUUCCAGCGGCACGCUACGAGAAGUGGAAGACCAUAGAGACUCUCGUUAUGUCUCUGGGAUCCAAAGAGAACCUGACAACAUACGUUGUUGCAGCAGGAGCAAUGUACGGACAGGGCGAAGGUCCUUUUUAUUCUGCAUUCAAAGCGGCAUGGUUAGGCCUUCAUUCUCACAAGAUUAUCAGCCCGGGAAACAACUUCGUGCCGACCGUCCACACGCGCGACCUCGCGAGUCUUGUUAGGAGACUGGCAGAGGGCACCAGCGAGGAAUCCUACCACCUCGCGGUGGAUUCAUCCCAUGUGACGCAGUACGACAUCGUUCAGACAAUUGUGAACCGCGUGGCGGAGCCGUACGAAGUCGAAGAAGUUACAGCUGAACAGGCCGUGCUCGCCGAAAACGCCGACCUUUUCACUGUCGACUUGCGCAUGGUUCCGUCAGCCGAAAUGACAGCCCCCGACUUCCCCUGGUUCUGUAAAGAAGGUCUCCCAGCGAACAUCGACAAAGUCGCCGCAGAAUUCUGUAAAUGGAGGAGCUUGCGACAAGUCAAAAUCCUCAUUGCCGGUCCGCCGGGAAGUGGAAAGAGCCUGCUGACUGGCUUAGUGGCGGCGACAUUCAAUACUCCAGCUGUACGGACACAAGAUAUCGUUGAAGCGUCAAAAGUGAAGGGCGACGAGUUAGGAAUUCUGCUUCGAGAAAAAUGGUCUCAAUUGGUGGAAGACAUGAAAAAGAAGAAAACAAACACUCCUAGCAACGGGAACAAUUCGGGGGCAAGCACGAGUCGACAUGUGAGGUUCGACGUGGAGACAAUGACGAAAAUCUUCAACUCAAAACUCAGUGAAAACGUCUGCAGAUUCAGGGGAUUUGUGCUCGAUGGAUAUCCCAGAACGUAUCAAGAAGCAAAAGCGUUGUUUUUGCGGCCGAAGAAAAAGGAAAACGAAGGCCCAGAAGACUCGAACGAAGAUGGAGAGACCGCUGGAGACUCGGAAGAACCCAGUGGAAAAGAACCGCCGCCUCCAGAAAUGGAAUUUGAUCCCCUCAAAGCACCCGACUACGUCAUCAUUCUGAAAUCCGCUGACGCCCAGUGCGAAGAGCGCAUGAUGAAUGUGCCUCAAAACCAGAUCAUUCCAGGACACAACGACCGAGAAGGCUUUGUUCGGCGGCUUGCUCAGCAUAAGCAGGCAAACGAAAACGCGCAUGGCGAGCCGUCUCUCGCGGACUUUUUCCAGGAGCGGAGGCGCGAGGUUUUGACGCUGGACGUGGACGGCAAGUCCGCAGAGGACAUUCUUGAGUGCGCUCGAGUGUACAUUGAGAAGGACGGCAGGUUUUUCAAUUUUCUAAAGUCUGAGCGACAGUCGCUGUUGGAGAGGGAAGCGGAGCUGCAGCGAGAGCUGCAGGAAGCCCAGAGGAAGGAGGCGGAAGAAGAACAACUCGCUCGUGAAGAAGAGAGACUCGUCCUGGCCGAGAGACGCCGGCGGGACUUACACAGACUCGAAAAAAUAGCUCAACAUGAGCGCGAGGUGAUCAUGGCGCGCAGCAUUCCCCUGAGGCGAUACUUGAUGCAAGCCGUAGUUCCAGCUCUCUCCGAGGGUCUUCUUCAGGUCUGCAGGGUGAUGCCUGAAGAUCCUGUCGACUUCCUCGCAGAGUUCCUCCUCGCGGAGGCCCAAAAGACUGCCAACUGCCUGCCCACCGAACUGUGACGCGCCCUGAAAACCGGAACUCGCGCACCGUCGCUCUCUUGUCCCCGUUUUCAAAGAAACUCUUCUUCCCGCUCGACCCAAAGACCCUCUCUCUUCUUUCCUCGCUCCUCGUUUCUUCUUGCGUUUCUCGUCUGCCUCCCCAUUUCUGUUCUCGUGUGCCGCUCGCAGUUUCUGUGCCAGUGCUGGGGCCGGAGGCGUUUGAAAGCGAACGUUCAUUCCCAUUCGAUGGUGGCUGGCGGCUUGCUAGAAACGUCCAUGGUGACGCGGUUGAUGCCCUUGACUUCGUUGAUGAUUCUGGUCGAACAUCUUGCGACCAGGUCGUAGGGAAGUCUGACCCAGUCAGCCGUCAUAAAGUCCGUCGUCUCCACAGCGCGCAACACACAAGUCCACUCGUACGUUCGGCAGUCUCCCAUCACACCUACCGACGGCGCGUCUGGCAACAAAACCACAAACGCCUGUACACACACUCACACACAACAUAAAUACACACACAUAUAAAUACAUAUAUACAUAUAUAUAUAUACAUAUAUAUGUAUAUAUACAUAUAUAUACGUACAUAUGUGUAUAGAUAUAUCGUGGGGGACAGUGGGUGUGAGG